AUGUCCUCUUCCUCGUUCCUGGACAACCCCGUCCUCAAGGUGAGUCGCCCGGUGGCCGCUUGUUCCAGGUGCCGCACCGCCAAGGUCAAGUGUGAUGGGAAAUUGCCCGCCUGCACGGCCUGCGAGAAGUCGGGCAAGGCCAGCAGUUGCUCCGGCGCCACCGAUGAGUUUGCGAAAGGCAAAGAACGGAGCUAUGUCGCGUCGCUGGAGGGUUACUGCGAAAGACUGGAGAAGCAGCUCCGGGAAAUCCGUCGUCGCAAGCAGAUGCUUGCCAUGACUGGCGGGGACGGCGUGCCAGAGAGCUCAAUCACCUCCAUUUCGGUGGACGGCCAGAGCCCGAGCGCUCAUCGCAAGGAGGUGUCGGAUAUCGAUGAUCUCGUGGGUGACUUUGGAUUUCUGUUGGUGAACGACGUCUUGGGUUCGUCUGGACGAGGACUCACGGGACGGCAGCUCCUCCUGACCAUGGCCUCCGCCGAACCGCUUCCCCGAUUCUCUUCCAAGGCCUUGCCGCCGCGUUAUGAAGCCACGACUUUGAUCCAGCACUACUUCGACAACAUCUUCGUCCAGCUGCCUUUCUUUACUGAGACCGCCUUCUGGACGUCUGUCGACGCCGUUUAUCAGGAUGCGGGCCGUUUCGCGAAGCCCUUCGAUCACUGGAGCCUACGGAUGGUAUUGGCAAUUGCGUCUGCGUCCAUGUCUCAUCAGCGAUUGAACAACAACUCUCAGCGGGCAAUGUCUCUGGUCUCUGCCGCACUGGAUUAUGCGGAAGAUGUGUUGCGUCCAGGGUCGAUGCUAGGCAUCCAAGCCGUUCUCCUUCUUGCCCAGUAUUCGCUGGUGGACCCGGAGCAUUUUCGACAGCGAUUUCUAGUGGGAAUGACGGCCAGGCUCAUGGUCGAUUUGGGCCUUCACCAGGAUCCUCCAGUGGAGGUCUUUCCCGACCAGGACCGCUUAGACCAGCGACGCCGACUAUUUUACUGUAUCUACUCUUUGGACAGCUCCCUUACGCAGGAGCACAAUGUGUUUCUCAAAAGCCUGGAACCUGCCAUCCAUCUUUUCAAAAUUCGCCGCAUUCUUUCGUCUGGAUACCAGGAGAUGUAUUUCAACGGUCACCACGCUUCCCCCCAGCCGCUGGUCCUAACAUGGACCCUGUGUGCCAAUGCGCGGGAUUGGUUUGACAAAGCGCCGAAGAACGUUCCGAAUCAUUUCACCGCCCUCUAUCGCCUGGAGCUCCUUUAUAGCACGGUUGUCUUUCUUUCGCCUUCACAUCGCGACCCGGUGAUUUGCGAUUUCAAAAAAGUCCUCCUGUUCGAUCGCUGCAUCGACUACAUUAGCCAGCUGCAUCAGGCGCUGGAGAACCAGAACGGACUUCCGUUUGCGACAUAUGUGGAUGUUCAGCGAGCUUACCAAGUUGGGAAGAGCAAUUCCAUGCCGGAGCCACCUCCUGUGCCGUUGGGGAUCCCAGAGCCGCCGUAUCUGGCUGCCGAGGACCGUAUCAAUUGUGUGGCACGCGCUGUCAGUUGUCUGAACCAUACUCGAGGGAUCCUUCAAUACGGUUUCCGAAGGUGGAACAUGCGACAGCUUCUGGACGACUUUAUGCGAGAGUCUACUGCGAUCAGACAACGACUCAUGCCGACACAAGAGCCGUAUUCGACGAAUUACGGGAUGCCGGGUCCUGCGUACGUUCCUGUCGGCACCAUGGGAUUACACUCCUCGAAUGGAUAUGAGGCUUUCGACCCCAAAAUUGCGCAUUUAGCCUUACCGCUUCUCAGACCUAGCAGUUCAGUGCUCCUUCCCAGGUUCCUGUUUUCAAGCAGACGGGGCUCAUUUCCAAUGCAUCAUCGCCGGCAGAAUGGGAUCUUGCUCUGGUUCUGCUGCGUAGCAGUGGUUCUGUGCCUUGUGCCUCGCAGCGGGACGGAUAAGAAUUCAGAGCCAGAGCCAGGGCCGCUUGCAGCGGACUCCGACAAGACAGUACGAAGGCAUGAUACACGAGCUCAGUUAAGAUACGGCGUUUAUAAUAGUCCACUUGUGGUGGGAAGGUACGACGAUUGUUCCAAUUCCGAUUCACGGACGAGAGAUCUCCGUCAUCGACCUCAUGAAUCUGCGAUUGCGUUGAGAUGCCAAGACAAUCCGCUUCUUCGGGAUCUGGAAAAGUGCAAAGACAUUCUCGAGGAAGCCUCGCUUAAUGCAGCACAGAACCGUCCAUUUUCCUCUUCGAUGAUCGGGUUGCUCGACUAUUGCCGAAGAGUGAUUGGAAACAUUGUGGAGAGGACACGUGAAGACAACGAUGGAGUCGAAGACGGAUAUCAUGAACACAGACUCAUCGAUCAGGGGUCAGUCCACGGCAGUCACCAUUUCCAGGCAGUUCAAAGAAGAGAUCCCACACCGCACGCUGGUCCAAAAAGCGUCGCCAACUGGUCCGAGAACCAGGGCGCAAAGAAUACACAUGGCCGUCGAGAAUUGUGCGAGGAGGCAGUUUGUCAGAUACGGGAUCUGGAGAAGCAGUGCGAAACCGCAAACGACCAUGCCAGCAAGGACUCAAAGGAAGCAUGCGAAAUGUGUUACCCAAGGAAGGACACGACGCUGGUCAACGCUCAUUGUAGCUCGAGAAGGAGCAAAGAGACAAAGGCGUUCUAUGUUGUUGGUAUUUUCUUCAUCGCGGUCAGUCUAUGUUCUGGUCUUGCGAUUUUCCUGCGGAAUCGUAAUCGAGACAGGAGGCGGCGGUCCAAGCAAAAGGCCCUGCGAUCAGAUCCGGAUACUCCAGGACUGAGUACGCAGAUAUCGUGGUUCGGGAAUAGAAAUGGAAACAGCAACUUCGACCACGACAGACAGGCGGAAGAUGAUGAUGCGGAGAGCAAUUCCAUUGAGAAGAAUUGGACGGUCCAGCCGCACCGAUGGCAACAAAAGCUCGGACUCUUCUCACGGAGCGGUCCUCGCAAGCGAAUCCAGGACCUGUUUGAUCUGGAGUCGUUGAAACCAUCCAGAAAGGAUGCCCUGGGAGACAGGCAUCUAGAUCCAGAGAAUGCAGGAGCAGAGCGGAUUCCCGUGUUGCCACGGGCCCCAAACGCAAGCAUCCGACUGUCGCGGACAAAUUCGAAGAGUUCUCUCAAGCGCUCACAUUCGCAUUCGCAUUCGAGCUGCAUGAACGUAAACGAUCUUACGGGUCAGCUGGCUAAAAGCCAUUCUUCUGAGACGGAGGAGACGACUGCUAAUACUGCUACUCUACCCGAGAUCCGAGUACAGCAAGUCAACAGCAACAGCCAGAAAACAUCCUCUAAUUAG